CUCCUCAACUGUUAGAGAGAAGUCCCAGAAAUACAAUCCCCCUAAACCUCCCCAAAUUCAAUUGCUUAGGGUUUUUUCUCGCACCCCAAAAUUCAUCAUCAUCAAUGGAGAACGACGAGGAAACGAGUUCAGCCCAGAUGAUGGACGAGAUCUACGCCAACGGUGACGAGAAGCAACCUCACAGACGAAUCAUAAGCAGCGGAGAACAACUCGACGUUGAGGCUUACGCUUCACUCUACUCCGGUAGGACGAAGAUUAUGCGGCUGUUAUUCAUCGCCGAGAGAUGCGAUAGCAACCCUUCGAUGCAAUUGGAAGCCCUAAGGAUGGCGUAUGAUGAAAUCAAAAAGGGGGAGGAUUCUCAGUUGUUUAAGGAAGCGGCGCAGAGGACUGAUGGUAGAUUAGGGCCUAAUUAUGGGUUCGAUUCUUCGUGGAUUGAGGCUGUUGAGAGGCGUGCUGAGCAGAGGAAAGAGAAACUUGAUAAUGAACUCAAUGCUUAUAGGACAAAUUUGAUUAAAGAAAGCAUUAGGAUGGGAUACAAUGAUUUUGGAGAUUUCUAUUAUGCUCAUGGGCAGCUUGGAGAUGCCUUCAAGAGUUACGUCCGUACUCGUGAUUACUGCACCACUGCAAAGCAUGUCGUUACUAUGUGCUUAAAUGCAAUUCUAGUCAGUAUUGAGAUGGGUCAGUUUUCACAUGUCACUAGCUAUAUAAGCAAAGCAGAGCAAACACCAGAGGGACUAGACCCUGUCAUUAUUGCAAAACUUCGUUGUGUAGCUGGAUUGGCUCACUUAGAGACUAAGAAGUACAAACUUGCUGCCCGUAAGUUCUUAGAAGUUGGUCCCGAGCUGGCUAACCAUUAUUCUGAAGUGAUUGCACCACAAGAUGUUGCAACUUAUGGUGGACUUUGUGCACUUGCUACGUUUGAUCGGACAGAACUCAAGAAUAAAGUUAUUGACAACCUCAACUACAGAAACUUUUUGGAGCUGGUGCCGGAGAUAAGGGAGCUCAUUAAUGAUUUCUAUUCAAGCCGUUAUGCAUCUUGCCUCGACUAUUUGGGAAAUCUAAAAGCCAAUCUGUUGCUUGACAUCCAUCUACAUGACCAUGUUGAGACUCUAUACAAAGAUAUUCGUCACAAGGCACUCAUUCAAUAUACGCUUCCUUUUGUGUCGGUUGAUCUUAACAUGAUGGCAAAUGCUUUCAAAACAAGUGUGUCAGGCUUACAGAAGGAGCUUGAGGCUUUGAUUACAGACAACCAAAUACAGGCUAGGAUUGACUCCCACAACAAAAUCCUGUAUGCACGUCAUGCAGACCAGAGAAAUGCCACUUUCCACCGCGUGCUACAGACAGGAACUACAUUUGACCGGGAUAUCAAGUCGAUGUUGCUCAGAGCAAAUAUAAUCAAGCACGAUUUUGGUCAGAGACAGCCAAGAAAGAUAUGAUCUUUGAGUUUUUUCAACAUUGAUCGGCGCAAGUAUGGAUUACAGAAGCAUUUUUUAACAAUUCAAGAGUUGAGAUGUUUCUGCUUUGCACAGUUCUUAUGUUUCUCAUUUUGUGCAUACUUACACUUUCGAUUUAGUAGCCGGAGUUUAGAUAUUUGCUCGCUCCCCACCCUUUUUUCAUCCUUAGAUCAGUUGGAUGGUAUUAUUAUGGAAAUAGAAAAGCUGAUUCAAGGAUUUCAUUUCCUCUUUGAUCAUGUGUACGGCAGAGACUUCACCCACUAUGCAAUGUUCUGCUUUUAA